UAUUCCACUACUACAAAUUAAGGGAAGUCAUUAAUUUCUUAAUUAUCCAGAGGUGAUCUAGUGAAUUUAGUGGUAAGUGCAAUUUACUAAUUAAGUAAAUCAAGAUAAUAGGAAUACAAAGGAAAAGAAAUAACUAUAACAUAUGAAAUGAUCAUAAAAGGUAACUUAUUUAACUCAAGGUCUAGAUAUUACUAUACAUAUCGGCAAUAUUCACAUGAUCUCUCUAUAUAUAGUAUAUGUAAAUGAUCUUAAACUAAAUUGUCAGUACUAAAAAUUUCGUGGCUAUCUUGUCAUCAUGAUUUUGCUUCUUCCAGUGACAUUAGCUUUAUUAUUUGGUACUGUAAUUUUGGUUUUAAUCUUUCACCAAUUUUUCUUAGUUAAACAUCAUGAACCUAAAGGCUUACCCAGUGGGACUAUGGGCUUGCCCUUUGUUGGAGAGACAUUUGGCUUUUUUACCCCUCAUAAAUCAUUCUCCAUAGGCAACUUCUUGCAAGAACAUCGAUCUAGAUAUGGAGAAGUAUUCAAAUCCUAUCUUUUAGGGUCUCCAACAAUUGUUUCGUGUGACUUAGAGCUCAGUAGAUUUGUCCUCCAGAAUGAAGGCAAGUUGUUCCAAAGCUGCUAUCCAAAAUCAGUUAGUGACAUUCUUGGUAAGUACUCUUUAAUGAUUGUCACUGGUGACCUUCACAAAAAGUACCGAAACAUUGAAGUUGGCCUCAUCAAUAAAUUCAAGUGCACACCGGAUUCUCUCAGUAAUAUUGAUAAACUGUGCGUCUCGUUAAUGAAGUCAUGGAGAGGAAAUCCACUUGUUCUCUUGUCAAAAGAAGCUAAACAGUUUAGCUUUAAUCUCAUGUUGAUGAAUUUGUUUGACAUGAAACCGGGAGAGCCACUUGGUUUGCAGUUAUUAGAAGAUUUCCACACCUUCAUGAAAGGUUUUGUCUCCAUUCCUAUUAACCUUCCUUGGACACCCUAUGCCAAGGCCAUGAAGGCUCGUACGAGGAUUUCAUCAACCUUGAAACAAGUAUUAAAAGACAGGGAAAAUAGAAAAGAUGUGGAAGUACUAAAUGGGCCAGCCAAAGUGGACCCUUCUGAUGACAAUUUAUUGAAAGAACACUUAAGGGACGUUCUAUUUGCAGGUUAUGAAACAACCUCAGGACUAUUGUCCCUACUCGUCUAUUUUCUUGCCCAAUCACCACAAGCUCUUCAAAAUUUGAAGGAUGAACACCGUGCUUUAAGGAGAAAGAAAAAGGAGUGGGAACCUCUAAACUGGGAAGAUUAUAAGCAAAUGGAAUUCACCAUUAUGGUUAUAAAUGAGACUCUACGUUGUGGCAACUUGGUGAAGUUUGUUCACAGGGAAGCUAUCAAUGAUGUCGAUUUCAAAGGAUAUCAUAUUCCAGCAGGCUGGAAAGUACUUCCUAUAUUGUCUGCAGUACAUCUUGAUCCAUCGUUGCAUGAAAAUCCAUCGGAGUUUAACCCUUGGAGAUGGAGCGAACCAGCCACAAGCAAGAAGGUGAUUCCAUUCGGAGGUGGAUCACGGUUGUGUCCCGGGUGGGAGCUUGCUAAAUUAGAGCAGCUUUCUUCCUACACCAUCUCGUCCUCAAUUACAGGUGGACAAUGAAAGAAGAUGAUUAUCCAAUGUUGUACCCUUAUAUGGAGUUCCCAAGAGGACUGCUAAUAUCUUUGGAGGCAGAAACUAGUGAAUUUUAAGGAUUGGAUUGUUUGACAACAUUAAAAUUAUAGAUUUACCAAGUUGAGUUGCAUAUUGGAUUAAGACAUAUAUAUGAUAUUC